UUAAAAGUGGGAGUAUCAAACCUAAUGUGUACAGAGCAGCAUUUUGGUUAAGGAGUCUGUCACCCCAUUGUGCUGUGUGUAACCUCAUGACAGGAAGUGUUUAAAUCCCUGAGCUGAGACUAACGACAGGAUGUGGAACAUAGCUGCAUUGGUGUUAGUGGUGGCAGGGACUGCCUCUUGCUACAUCACCUGCCCUGAUGGAAAGGUCUGCUCUGAUCAAUCAACUUGCUGUUUGACUAAAGAAGGAUACGCCUGCUGUCCAGUUACCCAUGUUCCGUGGACAGCACUUGUUCAGGCCUCAGACAGCACCCCACAGGCUGGAGUCAUUCGCUGUGACACAAAAUUCUACUGCCCUUCUGGAACCAGCUGCUGCAAGGGACUGACUGGCAAAUGGGACUGCUGCCCAUUCCCACUGGGCACGUGCUGUGCAGAUGGUCAGCAUUGCUGUGAAUAUGGAUACACCUGUGACCCAACCUCAUUCAAGUGCAGGAAAGGUUACUCUCAGUUUCCUUCAGGUCUGAGGAAUGAGGCUAAGCAGGACUGACGAGAUGUCUUAUUAAUUAUAAUGUUGUCACUGUACUGAUAUUGGAUUGAACAAACAGAUUUGAUAGUUUAGCUAACCAAACCAUUAGUCCUAGCUUGCUAUUAUGAAAAUCUAAUUCAACAAUGUUUUCAAUUCUAAUUUUGCUUUCAAAAGCAACUCAAACAUAAAACAUGUCAAAAUGAACUAUAGCCAUUGAAUUCUACCCUGCAGAUAUACCAUGCUUUAUAGGAAAAUAAUGCAAGCUCUAGAAUGCCCUUCAAGCCAAUCAGAAACGAGUGUUCAACAAUGUCAUGGUAUAACAUUACAUGUUGAAAGAAUGUUGAAUCAUGCCACCCACUCAUUCAUUGCAUUAAAGACAGAUCAAUACACUUCCAAAUAAAUGACAUUCUAAGAAAAAA